CUUCCGCUUCUAGUAAUGUGAUCGAAGAAAAGCAGGCUCCCACUUUAGCCGAACUGGUUAGAAAGUAUGAUACGGAAAAGCUCAUCGAAUUUUUACGUGGGGAGGAAGACUUGCAACUGGACGAAGACGAUUUCAAAAUCCUCCGCGAUGAGAAGAUCACCGGACGAGAUUUCCUCAAGGCAACGAAACAAGAUUUCAGAGAUUAUGGAAUGAAGGGUGGACCCGCGUCGAGACUUGUGGACUUUGCCAAAGAGGUCAAGGAGAAAAAAUUGAGAGCAUUUUCGUCAUACCACAGUCUGAGAGAAGUGUUAUUAAACUAUGGCCUCGAUAGUGAUGGUAUUGAAUCCAUCCCGCUAUUCACACUCCCGACCUAUGAGAUUCAAGACAAUGAUAAGCAUUUUACACAUUGCAUGGCUGAGAUCUUAAAAGCAUGCAAAACGAAUACGUUGUGGCAUUACUCCACUCUGCCCUCCACAUCGUACGGGACGACACUCAAAAAGAAGUUUAGUAUGAGACCGCAAUAUGAAAUUACGGGAGAAAAAAGUACAGGCCGAGUCGAUUACGCAAUCAAGGAAACCGAAGAUUUGAUUUGUAUCACAGAGGAUAAACAGCACAAAGUCCCUAUGGGAUAUGCUCAGAAUAUUGCCCAACUCGAAAGCUCAUUCGAGACGAACAAGAAAAAACGAAAAGCGAGUGAGGCAUUUGAUGAUGAUGACUUUGAUUACCUAUAUGGUAUUGUCACAACAGGAAGGGAUUGGCACUUUCUCUUAUAUAGUCCUAACCAAAUUUCGCAAGGCAGUAAGUUGCCAUAUACCAUCGAAUUCACCGAAGAUGCUUUGAAAGAGGAAUCCGAAGAACAUCUCGCUUUGCGCAAGAGUGUAAAAAAGGUAUUGGGUGUUAUCGUGGCUUUGUUAGAGGAUCGCGCUUGUGUGGGAAAGUCUCCUACCACUAAGAGAGCUAGGGUUGAGGGGUACCGCGCCAAAAAGAUGAUGUAA